AUGCUGAGACUCAUCCAACAGCUCAUGGUGCGGUCAGCUCAUGGUGCGGUCAGCUCAUGGUCAGCUCAUGGUGCGGUCAGCUCAUGGUACUGUCAGCUCAUGGUGCGGUUAGCUCAUGGUACUCUCAGCUCAUGGUGCGGUCAGCUCAUGGUGCGGUCAGCUUAUGGUGCUGUCAGCUCAUGGUGCGCUCAUGGUGCGGUCAGCUCAUGGUCAGCUCAUGGUGCGGUCAGCUCAUGGUACGGUCAGCUCAUGCUCAUGGUGCGGUCAGCUCAUGGUGCGGUCCGCUCAUGGUAUUGUCAGCUCAUGGUGCGGUCAGCUCAUGGUACUGUCAGCUCAUGGUACUGUCAGCUCAUGGUGCGGUCAGCUCAUGGUGCGGUCCGCUCAUGGUACUGUCAGCUCAUGCUCAUGGUGCAGUCAGCUCAUGGUGCGGUCAGCUCAUGGUACUGUCAGCUCAUGGUGCGGUCAGCUCAUGGUGCAGUCAGCUCAUGGUGCGGUCAGCUCAUGGUACUGUCAGCUCAUGGUGCGGUCAGCUCAUGGUGCAGUCAGCUCAUGGUGCGGUCAGCUCAUGGUGCGGUCAGCUCAUGGUACUGUCAGCUCAUGGUGCGGUCAGCUCAUGGUGCAGUCAGCUCAUGGUACGGUCAGCUCAUGCUCAUGGUACUGUCAGCUCAUGGUGCGGUCAGCUCAUGGUACUGUCAGCUCAUGGUGCAGUCAGCUCAUGGUGCGGUCAGCUCAUGGUACUGUCAGCUCAUGCUCAUGGUGCUGUCAGCUCAUGGUGCGGUCAGCUCAUGGUACUGUCAGCUCAUGGUCAGCUCAUGGUGCGGUCAGCUCAUGGUGCGGUCAGCUCAUGGUACUGUCAGCUCAUGGUACUGUCAGCUCAUGGUACUGUCAGCUCAUGGUCAGCUCAUGGUGCGGUCAGCUCAUGCUCAGGGUCAGCUCAUGGUGCGGUCAGCUCAUGGUGCGGUCAGCUCAUGGUACUGUCAGCUCAUGGUGCGGUCAGCUCAUGGUGCGGUCAGCUCAUGGUACUGUCAGCUCAUGGUGCAGUCAGCUCAUGGUGCGGUCAGCUCAUGGUGCGGUCAGCUCAUGGUGCAGUCAGCUCAUGGUACGGUCAGCUCAUGGUACGGUCAGCUCAUGCUCAUGGUGCAGUCAGCUCAUGGUGCGGUCAGCUCAUGGUACUGUCAGCUCAUGGUGCGGUCAGCUCAUGGUGCAGUCAGCUCAUGGUGCGGUCAGCUCAUGGUACUGUCAGCUCAUGGUGCGGUCAGCUCAUGGUGCAGUCAGCUCAUGGUGCGGUCAGCUCAUGGUGCGGUCAGCUCAUGGUACUGUCAGCUCAUGGUGCGGUCAGCUCAUGGUGCAGUCAGCUCAUGGUGCGGUCAGCUCAUGGUACUGUCAGCUCAUGGUGCGGUCAGCUCAUGGUGCAGUCAGCUCAUGGUGCGGUCAGCUCAUGGUGCGGUCAGCUCAUGGUACUGUCAGCUCAUGGUGCGGUCAGCUCAUGGUGCAGUCAGCUCAUGGUACGGUCAGCUCAUGGUACGGUCAGCUCAUGGUACUGUCAGCUCAUGGUGCGGUCAGCUCAUGGUGCAGUCAGCUCAUGGUGCGGUCAGCUCAUGGUACUGUCAGCUCAUGGUGCGGUCAGCUCAUGGUACUGUCAGCUCAUGGUGCAGUCAGCUCAUGGUGCGGUCAGCUCAUGGUACUGUCAGCUCAUGGUGCGGUCAGUUCAUGGUGCAGUCAGCUCAUGGUACGGUCAGCUCAUGGUACGGUCAGCUCAUGGUGCUGUCAGCUCAUGGUGCGGUCAGCUCAUGGUACUGUCAGCUCAUGGUCAGCUCAUGGUGCGGUCAGCUCAUGGUGCGGUCAGCUCAUGGUACUGUCAGCUCAUGGUACUGUCAGCUCAUGGUACUGUCAGCUCAUGGUCAGCUCAUGGUGCGGUCAGCUCAUGGUGCGGUCAGCUCAUGGUGCGGUCAGCUCAUGGUACUGUCAGCUCAUGGUACUGUCAGCUCAUGGUACUGUCAGCUCAUGGUGCGGUCAGCUCAGGGUCAGCUCAUGGUGCGGUCAGCUCAUGGUGCGGUCAGCUCAUGGUACUGUCAGCUCAUGGUGCGGUCAGCUCAUGGUGCGGUCAGCUCAUGGUACUGUCAGCUCAUGGUGCAGUCAGCUCAUGGUGCGGUCAGCUCAUGGUGCGGUCAGCUCAUGGUGCAGUCAGCUCAUGGUACGGUCAGCUCAUGGUACGGUCAGCUCAUGGUACUGUCAGCUCAUGGUGCGGUCAGCUCAUGGUGCAGUCAGCUCAUGGUACGGUCAGCUCAUGGUACUGUCAGCUCAUGGUGCGGUCAGCUCAUGGUGCAGUCAGCUCAUGGUGCUGUCAGCUCAUGGUGCGGUCAGCUCAUGGUACUGUCAGCUCAUGGUCAGCUCAUGGUGCGGUCAGCUCAUGGUGCGGUCAGCUCAUGGUGCGGUCAGCUCAUGGUACUGUCAGCUCAUGGUACUGUCAGCUCAUGGUACUGUCAGCUCAUGGUCAGCUCAUGGUGCGGUCAGCUCAUGGUGCGGUCAGCUCAUGGUGCGGUCAGCUCAUGGUACUGUCAGCUCAUGGUACUGUCAGCUCAGGGUCAGCUCAUGGUGCGGUCAGCUCAUGGUGCGGUCAGCUCAUGGUACUGUCAGCUCAUGGUGCGGUCAGCUCAUGGUGCGGUCAGCUCAUGGUACUGUCAGCUCAUGGUGCAGUCAGCUCAUGGUGCGGUCAGCUCAUGGUGCGGUCAGCUCAUGGUGCGGUCAGCUCAUGGUACUGUCAGCUCAUGGUAUUGUCAGCUCAUGGUGCGGUCAGCUCAUGGUGCGGUCAGCUCAUGCUCAUGGUACGGUCAGCUCAUGGUGCAGUCAGCUCAUGGUACUGUCAGCUCAUGGUAUUGUCAGCUCAUGGUGCGGUCAGCUCAUGGUGCGGUCAGCUCAUGGUACGGUCAGCUCAUGCUCAUGGUGCGGUCAGCUCAUGGUGCGGUCAGCUCAUGGUACGGUCAGCUCAUGGUGCGGUCAGCUCAUGGUGCGGUCAGCUCAUGGUACUGUCAGCUCAUGGUAUUGUCAGCUCAUGGUGCGGUCAGCUCAUGGUGCGGUCAGCUCAUGGUGCGGUCAGCUCAUGGUGCGGUCAGCUCAUGGUACGGUCAGCUCAUGGUGCGGUCAGCUCAUGGUGCGGUCAGCUCAUGGUACGGUCAGCUCAUGGUGCGGUCAGCUCAUGUGCAGUGUCUGGAGAUGACCACAAAGCGGAAGCUGAUUGGUCGGCUGGUGCCAUGUCGCUGUUUCCGUGGCGAGGAGGAGGUGAUCUCGGUGCUGGACUACUCCCACUGCAGCCUGCAGCAGGUCCCAAAGGAGAUCUUCAGCUUCGAGCGCACUCUGGAGGAGCUGUACCUGGACGCCAACCAGAUAGAGGAGCUUCCCAAGCAACUCUUCAGCUGCCAGGCCCUGAAGAAGCUCAGCAUGCCGGACAACGACCUGUCCAACCUGCCCACCUCCAUCGCCAGCCUGGUCAACCUCAAGGAGCUGGACAUCAGUAAAAACGGGAUCCAGGAGUUUCCAGAUAACAUCAAGUGCUGUAAAGGCCUGUCUGUGGUAGAGGCCAGUGUUAACCCCAUCACCAAACUUCCCGAGGGCUUCACGCAGCUUCUAAACCUCACGCAGCUUUUCCUCAACGACGCCUUCCUCGAGUACCUCCCGGCAAACUUUGGCAGACUUUCCAAACUACGGAUCCUGGAGCUGAGAGAAAACCACCUGAAGACACUUCCAAAGUCCAUACACAGACUGACGCAGUUGGAGCGGUUGGAUUUGGGCAGCAACGAAUUCUCAGAAAUGCCUGAAGUGUUGGAGCAGAUGCACAACCUGAAGGAGCUGUGGAUGGACAACAACUCUCUGCAGAACAUCCCAGGGUCCGUGGGGAAGUUGAGGCAGUUGAGAUACAUGGAUUUGGCGAAGAAUCGUAUCGAGGCGUUAGAUUCAGAUGUUUCCGGCUGCGAAGCUUUGGAAGAUCUGCUGCUGUCGUCCAACAUGCUCCAGCAGCUGCCAGAGACCAUAGACCAUAGGUACGAGGCCACAGACCAUAGGUACGAGGCCAGAGACCAUAGGUACGAGGCCAGAGACCAUAGGUACGAGGCCACAGACCAUAGGUACGAGGCCACAGACCAUAGGUACGAGGCCUCAGACCAUAGGUACGAGGCCUCAGACCAUAGGUACGAGGCCACAGACCAUAGGUACGAGGCCACAGACCAUAGGUACGAGGCCUCAGACCAUAGGUACGAGGCCACAGACCAUAGGUACGAGGCCACAGACCAUAGGUACGAGGCCACAGACCAUAGGUACGAGGCCUCAGACCAUAGGUACGAGGCCUCAGACCAUAGGUACGAGGCCACAGACCAUAGGUACGAGGCCACAGACCAUAGGUACGAGGCCUCAGACCAUAGGUACGAGGCCUCAGACCAUAGGUACGAGGCCUCAGACCAUAGGUACGAGGCCUCAGACCAUAGGUACGAGGCCUCAGACCAUAGGUACGAGGCCUCAGACCAUAGGUACGAGGCCACAGACCAUAGGUACGAGGCCACAGACCAUAGGUACGAGGCCAGAGACCAUAGGUACGAGGCCAGAGACCAUAGGUACGAGGCCAGAGACCAUAGGUACGAGGCCACAGACCAUAGGUACGAGGCCAGAGACCAUAGGUACGAGGCCACAGACCAUAGGUACGAGGCCUCAGACCAUAGGUACGAGGCCACAGACCAUAGGUACGAGGCCACAGACCAUAGGUACGAGGCCUCAGACCAUAGGUACGAGGCCACAGACCAUAGGUACGAGGCCACAGACCAUAGGUACGAGGCCUCAGACCAUAGGUACGAGGCCUCAGACCAUAGGUACGAGGCCUCAGACCAUAGGUACGAGGCCUCAGACCAUAGGUACGAGGCCACAGACCAUAGGUACGAGGCCACAGACCAUAGGUACGAGGCCAGAGACCAUAGUGAGAUCCGACCUUUUCCAAACCGGUCUGCCUACUUCUGGAAGUUACAGCUGAGCUGCACGGUGGUCUGGGCCUACACAAACCCGCGCUACCUGGCAGCGAAGCGAAGCUAA